CAGCCACCGCCUUAGACGUGAAAUUCGAAGCGAAAUAUCCGCUCGCGAACGAAAAUGCCUCUCGCCUCCUCCGUGCCGCCGCCGCAGAACCUCAAGCACCGCGUCUUCACGUGCCUGAACAAGCUCUCCGACCGUGACACCUAUGGCGUAGCCUCCGUAGAGCUCGAGUCCAUUGCUCGCGACCUCGAGCCGAGCUCCCUCGGCGCGUUCAUCUCCUGCAUCCACACCACCGACGCCUCCGACAAGUCGCCGGUGCGGAAACAGUGCGUCCGCCUCCUUGCCGUCCUCUCGGAGAGCCACGGCGACUCUCUCGCUCCUCACCUUACGAAGAUCCUCUCCGGCGUCAGCCGCCGCCUCCGUGACCCGGACUCGGCAGUCCGAUCCGCCUGCGUCGACGCCGUCGGCGCCCUCCGAUGCCACGUCAGCAAGCCGCCGCUGUCGUCCUUCCUGAAGCCGCUCUCCGACGCUCUCUUUACGGAGCAGGACCAGAACUCGCAGAUCGGAGCGGCGCUGUGCCUCGCUUCGGCCGUCGACGCCGCGGCUGAUCCGGAGCCGGCGAGGCUGGCGAAGCUGAUGCCGAGGUUGGAGAAGUUGCUGAAAUGCGAGAGCUUUAAGGCGAAACCGGCGCUCCUGACGCUGAUCGGAAGCGUCAUCGGCGCCGGAGGAGCUUCCGGUGAGGUGAUGCUAAGGAAUUUGGUGCCUUGUUUGGUGCAGUUUCUGAGCAGCGAGGACUGGGCAGCGAGGAAGGCUGCGGCGGAGGCGCUGGUGAAGUUGGCGGUGUUGGAGAGAGACGCGUUAUCGGAUUUCAAG